GUCUUGUGUUCAUCCAUUACAUGUAUAAAAAGGCCAAGUGCACCAAGAAGGUGGGAAUUGUUGUGAAAUAUGGUACCGGUUAUGGUACCUCGCUCAGGAAGAUGGUGGAAAAGAUUGAGAUCAGCCAGCACGGCAAGUACGCCUGCUCCUUCUGUGGCAAGACUAGGAUGAAGAAAAAGGUUGUUGGCCUCAGGCACUUUGAGUCCUGCAUGAAAACUUUUGAUGGAGGUGUCUGGACAUGCAACAUCACAUUGGCUGUCAUAGUUGAGUCUGCCAUCAAGAGACUGAAGGAGAUGAAGGGCUUUAUUUUUUUAGAAGAGUAA